CCAGAAUUAUCAGCUAAGCACGUUCAUUGUCCAUUAGAAAGCAAAGUUUCGAAGCUCUUCUUUGAGCUUGCCAUUCGACAGAUUCCGCCGCCGGCGUCGUCGGAUGGCAGCUGCACGCUUACAGAACUCGCCGUAGUGUUGGUAGGUUCGAGAAGGAACUCCGAUGGCCGCUUCUACAUCGGUUCUGAUGGCUCUUCUCCCUCCUUAUCUACCCCCAAAACCGACUUCCCCGGCUUCCAGAACCCUACUCGCCUUCUCGCAUCAUAACAGAUCCUUUCCGACUCGGCCUCGCUCGGCGGAUUUUAUCCGUUUCCCGACUGAUGUUCCUCGUUGCUCCUUCGACGAACAACCGUCUAUUUCCGGGGACAGCACCACAAGCUUCUGCAUCAUUGAAGGUCCAGAGACAGUCGAGGGAUUUGUCCAAAUGCAGAUGCAAGAAAUUGAUGACAAUAUUAAAAGCAGGCGCAACAAGAUUUUUCUUCUCAUGGAAGAGGUGAGAAGGCUGCGGAUUCAGCAGCGUCUUAAGAUAGCAGAACAUAGUGAUGAAGGCUGUGAAGACAAUGAACUACCUGAUAUCCCAUCAACUAUUCCAUUUCUCUCUCAUACGACACCCAAAACAUUAAGGCAGCUUUACAUGACAUCAUUCUGUGUUGCAUUUGGGAUAAUUGUGUUUGGUGGUCUUGUUGCUCCAAUUCUGGAGCUAAAAUUAGGACUUGGUGGUACUUCCUACGAGGAUUUCAUAAAUAACUUGCAUUUGCCUUUUCAACUAAGUCAGGUAGAUCCUAUUGUAGCAUCCUUUUCAGGUGGUGCAAUCGGUGUGAUAUCAGCCUUGAUGGUGCUCGAAACCAACAAUGUUCAACUACAAGAAAAGAAGAGAUGCAAAUACUGCCAUGGUAGUGGGUAUUUAGCCUGUGCUCGAUGUUCUGCAAGAGGUUUGUUCUCGAGCAUAGGGACAAAUUCAAUUUCUGAUGUUCGCAAUGAUUCUUUACAGCUAUCUACUACUAAAAGGUGUCCAAAUUGUUCAGGGACUGGAAAGGUUAUGUGUCCAACGUGCCUGUGCACAGGAAUGGCGAUGGCAAGUGAACAUGAUCCGCGUAUAGAUCCUUUUGAUUGAAGUGUUAGGGUGAUGUUUCCUCGUUCACGGUCUUUUAAUAAGACAGUUAUUUUUUAAAGGGAAUGUUGCGAUGCACCUGAAAAAUUCUUCAUUUGCUGUCUAUUAUAAAGCCUUGGCUGGGUGACUAAGAGGUUACAUUAUUAAUUGAGAUUUAAGGGUUCAAAAUUCA